CGUACAUAAAGAUCAAUUCUUUGCACAGAGUUUGCUCUUGAGCUGUGUCGUUCGAACAUGUUGAGUCUUGCUUACUGUUGCCUGUCAACACGACUGCUUGCUCCCUUGUACUGAGGUGCCAAGAAUUUCCGCGUAGUAGUAACAGUUACGGAUUCUGCGUGAAAGCCUUACUAUGCUGUAGCCAAGUUACCUACCCUCUAAGCUGGAUAGCGUUGUGGCUUCAGGCCGCAACGCAAGCGUAUGUCAGCGGAUGUGGACGAAUCAGAUUUCGACGUUGAGGCAGCCUUUGAAGCGGAGCUUGCUCGGUUGUCCGAGGCUUCGGACACAGGCGCAAGUAGCUGUGAAUGGCCUGCAGAUGGGUGUCAUAAUGCUCUCCCAAAGGCCUUUCUGACGCUAGGUGACAAUCACAGCUCAGAUGGCUCGGACGAAGAUGAGGCGGCCGACAGUUCGGGUGAGGCGGAGCCUGAAUCGUUUCAGCGGCUUCGUGCGGCCUUGCAGCGGCGUGAGGCCGCCCUGGAGGAGUUCGGGAGGGACAUGCAGCAGGUGCAGCAGGAGAUCGAGGGGGUCGUCGCAUUGGCAGCUACAGCAGCAGCGGCAGCAACAACGGGGGAUAAUGCAGCGGCUACAGUCGCUGCCAGCCUCGGUGGGGCACUAUCUGAGACCGGCAGCGGGGCUGCACCCGCUGUGACUGCCAGCGCUGCGGGUGUUGGGCCCGGAGGGGCCGAUCCCACGGCUGCCUCGGUGCCCCGGCCGGAUGGUGGGCUGGCUGCGAAUCGCAGACGCCUCCAGGAGGCGUAUCAGGCGGAGGAGGCAGCACGUAAGGCGGAGCGUGAACGGCAGCGGCAGGAGGCUGAGGCGGCCGCUGCUCGGGAAGCAGCGGAGGCGGAGGAGCGCGUGCGGCGGCAGGUGGAGGCGCUUGAAAAGCAGCGGUUUGAGGCGCUUGCUGCAUUGGAGGCACAGAAGGAGGCUGCAGCUGCUGAGGCGGAGGCACUGCUGGCGGCUGCAGCGGCGGAGCGGGAUCGGCUGGCGACGGAGCAAGCGGCCACCGCAGUGCGCAUGGAGGCAGCGGCGCGGGCAGCGGCGGCACGGGAGGCAGCGCGGGAGGCGGCGAUGGAGGCUUUGCGGCAGGAGACGUUGGCGAUGGCGCGACCCCAUAUUGCGGCGCUUCGCAUCGCUCAUGCGUGGCGGCGCUACCGGUACGGGCCGGUGCGGGCCGCCCGGGUGGCGGCGGCGGUGCGCAUCCAGGCCAGCUGGCGGGGCUUUGUGGACAGGCGGCAUGCGGCACGGUUGCGGCAGCAGCGGGAUAUGAUGCGGAAAUUGGAGGAGUUGGCGAGCAAGGGGCUGUUAGAGGAGCUGCGGGCCGCCGCGGAACGCGCAAAAGACAUCGGCCAGGGUGACGCGGUCCUGCGGCGGCUGAGUGCGCUGGAGUCGGCUGCGGGCGACACGGCGGCCAGGCUGAGUGCGGCGGCGGCGGGCGGCAGCGUCAUGGCCUUCCGAGCCGCGCUGGCGGCGGCGCAGCGCUUCCCACACCUGGCGGAGCUGGCGGCCAGCAGCAGCGAGCUGUUCGAGAGACGGAGGACGGAGGCGGCAGCGGCGGUCCAGGCAGCAGUGGAAGUCCAGCCGAUGUCGGAGUUCACUCGGCUGCUGGAGGCGGCGGGGGCGGUGGGGGCGGACCCGCAGGCGCUGACGGCGGCCCUGGAGGCGGUGCGGCGCAGGGACGCGCAGCUCGCGGCGGCGCUGGCGGCGGCGGCUUCAGCUAGGGGGGCUGCGUUCGACCUGGAGGCGUUCACCUCGCUGGCCGAGCGGGGCCUGCAGUUGGGGCUCAAGGGUGAUGUGGCGGCGGCGCGGCACACGCUGGAGCGGCGGCGGCGAGCGCUGGCGGCGGAUAUGCGCGACCGGGGGAGCUCUUGCUCCGCGGCCGAGGCGGCGGCGCUGGCGGCUGAGGCGCGGCGGCUGGGCUUGCAGGCGGAGGUGGAGGGGCUGCAGCAGCAGCUACGGAGGAGGCAGGGCGAGAUACAGGCUGCAUUGGAGCUUGCUGCCACGCACGACAGCUCCGUUCGGUUCUCGUUGUUGCUGCGGCAGGCGGCAGAUCUGGGCGUAGUGCCAACUGCCUUACAGGGCCCUCAAGAGGCCUUUGUCGGUCGCCAUGCUGCAGCCCGCGAGGCGCUAGCAGCUGCGGCGUCUACUGGCACCCUUCGCGCCUUCCUGUCUGCCCGCUGCGCUGCCGCCCGCUGCGGGGUGGGGCUGACCGAGCUGCUGGCGGCGGACCGCAGCAUGGGGGCGCGGCGGCGGGCGGUGGGGCCGCGGCUGGUGGAGGCACUGCGGCUGCUGUGGCAGACAUGCGGUGCCGCCGGGCCCCAGCUGUGGAUGCAGCCGCAAUUGCUGCUAGACGCAGGGGAGGCGUUCGGUCGCGCACUGGGGCUGAGUGAUGUGCGUGCCAUCUUGCGGAGGGCAUUGCGGGCACCGGCUAGUAGCGGGGGAGCGAUGUCAGCGGCAGCAAGGGGGCCGGAGGGGCUGUGGCAGGCGGCGACGCGGCGACCGCAGCAGCAGCCGGUGCUCCAAACACAGGGGCCCGGCACGGAGCUGGCGGCCUCGGUGUCGGCUCCUAGCGGCCAGCUGCGGGAGCUGCUGCGCGGGCUGUGGGGCCCCGCCGUGUUGUCGCUGAGUCUGGGGCUGCCGGACAGGGCCUGCCUGGCGCUGAGUGCGCUCAGGCUGCAGGGCACGGUAGCGAUGGCGGAGGGCUCGUACGUGCUGCGUGCCGCCCACGUGCCACUGGACUACUGGGGCGUGCCGCAGCUGCGGCAGUGGCAGCAGCAACAACAGCCCGCAGCAAGUGCGAGGGCAGCAGGGGGCAGUGUACGACAGUCAGCGGGCGAUGAGCUGGCGGUUCGGCUGGCUGCGGCCCUGCAGCGGGGCAGUCGGGCAGCAGCGGUGUGGUGCUGCACCGCCGCUGUAGAUCCACAGGCCAUCGUGGACGGCUGGCGCAGCUUCCUGCCGGCGCGUGCCGGCCGUACCACUGCACCUGACCCCCUCACCCGCAACGGCACACGCCAGCAGCCGGCCCUCACAACAGCGGCUGCAGCUCCCUCCUCCCUGCCACCGCAGCCGCCGCCCCGGUCGGCGCCAGUGCCCUGCGGCCCCGCGGUGCCCCUCACCCGCGCCGUCAUCCUCCGCAACGCGCCCCUUCCGGCACCGCCCUCAGCCGCCACUGCCGCCUCCUCUUCCUCUUCAUGUGGCCCCGCCGCCACCCCCGUCGGGCCCUGCCUGGAGCGCCUGACCCGGCUGGACCUGGGUUUGGAGCGGCUGGGCUCGCUGGCGGGGCUGGACGUGCUGUGUCCCUCGCUGCGCUGCCUGACCGCCCCCGCCAACCAGCUGAGCUCCCUGGAGGGACUGAGCGGCCUCACGCGGCUGCGGGAGCUGCAGCUGCGGGGCAACCAGCUGGCGGGGCUGUGUGAUGGAGGAGGCGGCGCUGGGGCAGGAGGGGCAGGGGUGCGGCGGGAUCGCGGGGUGGCGCAGGGUUCCUCGGGGCCGGUGUGGUGCCUGCCGGGCGGCGGGUCCCUGCGGCGGCUGGUGCUGGACUCCAACUGCCUGAGCGGCCGACUGAGCGGGCUGGAGGGAUGCAGCGGCCUCCGCUCGCUCAGCCUUGCGGACAACUCUCUGACCGAGCUGGGCUGCUGCCUGGAGGCGUGCUCCGCCUCGCUGACCUGCCUGCUGGCCGCCGGCAACUGCCUGGCCUCGCUGGCGCCGCCGCACUGCUGCCUGGCGGGCUGCACGGCGCUGCGCUGCCUGGAUGUCAGCGGCAACCGCCUCACGUCGCUGGAGGGCAUCCAGGGUCUGGUGCUGCUGCAGUCGCUGGGAGCACGCGGCAACCAGCUGACCGCCCUGCCCCGCCCGCUGUGCCUGCCCUACCUCACCGCACUCGACCUCAGCCAGAACGCGCUGCAAGGCUUCUGGGGGACAGCAGCACCGACAGGCGAUACCGCUUCUGGCACUGGCGACGGCAGUAGCAGCAGCAGCAGCAGCAUCGACAGCAGCAGCUCUUCCCCCCGGGUACUGCUUCCUUCCUUGGAGCAUCUCAACCUCUGCAGCAACCGCAUCGUCAGCAUCGGCCCGUUCAGCCCCCUGUCGCACCUCACCUCCCUGGACCUCUCCUUCAACAACCUCGCCUCCCUGGCGGCCCUGCAGCACCUGACGGCCCUCACGCGGCUGCAGCAGCUCAAUCUGGGGGACAACCCAGCCACUGACAUGCAGGAGGAAGGACCGCCUCCGGGGCCAGCAGUGCAGCCAGGGGGACAACAGCCGCAGCAGCUGCUACCGGGCCGGGCGGCUGCCAGCGCGCCGCACCGGCGGGUGGUGCUGGCGCUGCUGCCGUGGCUGCGGGAGCUGGACCAUGAGGAGGUGGCGGAGGGGGAGCGGGCGCGCGGCGAGGUGCUGGCGGUGGCGGCGUCGCCGGUGGCGGCAGUGGCUAUGAUGCGGGCGCUGCGGACGGGAACUGGGCUGGCGGGCGGGCUGUGCGUGCCGGUGGGGACUCCUGGAUACCCUGCGGUCAGUAGCGCUUCGGGGUCUGCCGGCGUUGUGUAUGCUGGCAGUAGCUGCAGCAGUAGCAGCAAGCGUAGUGGCAGUCGGUCGAGAAGCGGCGCAAGAGGCGCGGCAGCUGGCCCGCGGCUGCAGUACGCGGGCCUUUGUCCAGCUACCGCGGAGCGCCUGCACCCCGCCGCUCGGCGCAGCCUCCUCACCAGCCUCGCGACCUCAUCUUGGCCAUCCUCCAGUGGCGCCGCUGUGUCCAGCAGCCCCUGCUACGACGUCGGUUCCAGCUCCAGCUCCGGAUCAACGCAACGAGAUGCGAAAUCGAGAGCAGACGCUGCGCCCAACGGGCCUCAGCCCGGGAGCCGGGUCUCCACGACCUGGUUAACUCACACGGAGCAGUCAUGGCGGGCGACGUUGCCGUACGACAUGGCGGAGGUGCAGCGGCGGCAACUGGCGGUCUUACAAUCGCUGGCGCCGCAGGGCCUGGGCGACUGCGCCGGAGCUGGUAAGGGCGCCUCUAAGGCGGGGACGCCUUUGCCGCCGUCUCAGCUUGCGUUGGCAUGCAGCGGUGUCUCCUCGAGUACGACAGUGAGGACACUUCUGCAUGAGGGCGGCUUGCUGGACUUCGCCCCCAUGCGAGGCUUCCGACCCGCCGCCCGGGCGCUGCAGCGCUUGAACCUCGGGGGAUCGGGCCGCACAGCCUCCACCAUCGUCUUCCCAGGCGCUGGCGGCAGUGGAGUGUCGGCGGAGGCGCUGGCAGCGGAGGCGGAGGUGCGCUAUGAGUCGGCGGAGGCAACGGCUCAUCAACGUCUGGCGGCAGAGCUACGGCAGGCCGUACAGCCGUUGUGUAGCGGUGCGGCCAGCAGCAGCGGGGCUGCUCACCUGCCUCAGCCGCAGCCGGUGCUGCUGCCCCAGCCGUCGUACUUUUGGCGCCGGGUGGUAUGUGACGCCGGCGCUGCGGCGACCAUCAUCCAGUCGUACUGGCGGGGCAUGCGGGCGCGCAGACUGGCGGCAGUGCUGCGCAGCGACCAAUACCAGGCACGCUGCUGCGCCGCAGCCACCUCCAUCCAGGCCUGGUGGCGGGGUCACCGGGUGCGCUGCGGACGCCAGCUGGCGGCCUUGCGGGCGGCUGCCGCGGCGGAGCGAGCAGCGAGGCGGCAGCAGGAGGAGCGCCGGCGGCACGCGGCGGCGGUUACCAUCCAGGCUCACGUGCGUGGCCACCUGGUCCGCCGCCGGCUGCGUGCCGCGCUGGCUGCUGCCCGGCUGGGUCCCGGCGGCGGCAGCGACGCGGAGGACGAGGACCUGUUUGGGGGCAGCGGGGAGCUGGGUGACAUGCUGGCCUUCCUGCAGCCGCUGGAGAAGCUGUUCUUGGAGGAGCGGCCGCAGCAGGGGCCGGUAGCCGGGCAGUGGGGACCGGGAGGACCGCAGCAGCAGCCGAUGCGCCCGCCCAUGCAGGGCGCUGGGGUGCCGGCAGCAGCGGCGGCAGCGGCAGGACCUUCAGGCGCUGAGCAGAUUGGGCCAGCAGGCUUGCGGCCGCUGCCACCGCUGGCGUGGGCAGCUCCUGCUGCUGCGCUAUCGUCGUCUCCCUCGCUAGCUGCGGGCGGCUUUGCGGCGUACGACCCCGCAGCGCUGGUGGCGCCACCGGGCGCUGUGGUAGCACCCGCAGCCCCACCGGUUCCCUCAGUCCUGCCCAGCAACCACCUAACUGAGCAGCAGCUUGUCGCGAGGCCUGUCAACCCCUUCGCCUCCGCCGAUGCGCUGCCGCCGCUGCAGCGCGCGCCCCCGCCGCCGCCGCCCGGCCAUCCUCCGCACACCCUGCCUGGCGGCGGCGUUGGAGGUUUUGGAGGCGGCCCCCGACCGGCAGCUCUGACGAUUGCCGAGGGCUCCGCCGACUACACGGGCCUGGAUCCCCGGUGGCAGAGCGGCGAGGUGGGGGAGGCGCAUGGCGGCGAGUACGGCAACGGCCAGGUGUGCGACACGCCGGUCAGCCAAGCGGACUCCGUGACACCCUCAUCGCAAGAGCGGAGGCAGCAACGGCACCUGGAGCGGCUGCGUGCGCUGAUGGCGGAGUGGGGCUUCAAGGACCUGGCCACCGCGGAGGCCUACUACCGCCGCACGCUCAGGGCGAAGCAGGGGCAGACGCGCAAGAAGCUGGAGGACAAGUACCGCAACCCAGCGCUGCGGCUGCAGAAGCUGCAGCAGCAGGUGGAGGCCCGGCAGGGCUACUCACCCGGCGCCGCGCGGCCCUCCCCGCAUGCGCCCGCCGCUGCUGCCGCUGCAUCGUCAGCGGCACUGCCUCCUCCGCCCGCAGCCCCUCCCGGCCGGCCACCCCUGCCGCUAGAACAUGGUCUGCUGCCUCGCGGCCCGGAUCGGCCUGCCACCGUGCGGAGCGACAGCGGCGGCAACACCGGCGCUCGGCCCCUGCGCAACGUCAACAGCGCGGAUGGCAUUCUCACAGGCGCGGCCAGUGGCGGCAGCAGCCACAGCCCAGCAGGUGCUCUGCCGGCGCUGAGGCAUCAUCCCCACCGGGACGGCGAGCGCAGCAGCAACCCCCUGCUGGGACCGCUACGGACGGGCGGCAGCGGCGGCAGCGCAUCACCCGCUGUCCUCGGCCCCUCGUCCCGGUUGCCCAGCGGCGGCGGCAGUACAGCUGCUGAUGACGAGGAUUGGCUAUCGGUGCAGUCUUUUGGCAGUGUGGGCAGUGCAGCGGCGCGAGGCGGGGCACGAGCGUCGGGCGCUGGGGAUGCCGCCAAGCUGCGGGGUGGCUGGCAUGGGGCAGCGGCACAGCCGCAGUCGCACCCACGGGGUCGCCCCGUGCUGCCGGCACUCGCGAACAAUUGGAUGGCCAUGUCGCCGAGCCAAACGCCGCCCUUGCCUGGGACCGGGGAUGCCGCGUUGCAGAGACGACCCAUGGGUCCUGGCCGGUCGCCAGGGAAAUAAAGUAGAUGAGGAUGAGACGGUCGGCUGCCAUCUGUACAUAAGCAUAGCAUGCAGAUAAUCGUCUGCCAUUAUCGCAUGUAACCUCUCGCCUCGAUUUCCGACAACAUGUGGUUAUGUGAACACACCUUGUAGUACGUUUCGCCUCGCGGCCAGUUAUUUUAACACACCUUGUAAGCGGCUUAGAUCGCUUUCACGUUGAUGACGUCGUGUCGCUGGGUGUAUGAAUGUCAUUGAGCCUGUAUGCGGUGAGGGAUGAUUUCAUGGUGAGCGAUUCCAUCCUAGCGGCUUGGCACGGUAUGGACCAUGCUUGCAGGUACGAGUUAACCUAGGGGCAAGACGGGUUUGAUUCCCAGUUCUACCGUGGUCCAGCCGGGACACAAGGAGGAGGUCAGCUUACAAUUGGCGCUGUGGACCAUUCGCGACCCAUGACAUCUGCAUUGUUGGGCUAACAAUUGGAGUAAAGGGUUUAUCGAAAACGUACUCAGUGGGCUACCGCUGACCCUUUGCUCACUGCUGGCCGAGACUAGCUCAGGAUGAAUCCUUGACAAAUAGUUCCCAUCCAAGACACCUGACAACCAGCACACCAGCACAUGAGGGUCACAUAAAGACCCUCAUCUUUGCCGCAUAUCACAGGACCUGUGUCUUGUAACCACAUGACUUUUGAAUACUGC